GAAAGCCUGCAAGAUUUUGCCACGUCUAGGUCAACGUGUUUCGUCUAGUUUAAAAGUUACUGCAGGGAUUGUUUGGACUAUUUCCCAUUCAUAGUUCACAACUACCAGUAGCACAAUCUACCUGUACAAUUUUCUUGAGUUAAACAUGGAAGGAAUCCUUUAUUUUUUGGUGUGUGCACUCCUUGUAAACAGCUGUAUUUGUGCAGCCACUACCGGCAGAGAUAAUCGGCCGAAACCACAUGAAGAUAUCUCCUUAUCAGAAAAAGAGCAUGAAGAAGAUGGUGAGCAUAACUCAGAGUACGACCACGAGGCCUUCCUAGGAGGCAUGAAAGAUGAAUAUGACGAUCUGCCCCCAGAAGAAGCCAUAAAACGGCUAAGAGUUUUGGUCAAGAAAGUGGAUUCUGAUAAGGACGGGUUUGUCACAGAAGAAGAGCUGACAAAGUGGGUGAGAGAUGUGUUCAACAAACGUCUGCUGGAGGGAGUGCAGGAAGAUUUGAGUUCAAAAGACAUGGACUCGGAUGGCAAAGUAACUUGGGAUGAGUACGUAAAGGCGACUUACGGCCCGGAGGAAAUGGGAGAUGAUGCCGAUGAAGAAUCAAAGAAGUUGUUGAAAACGGACAAAAGACGAUUCGAUACAGCUGAUAAAGACAAGGACGGAGCCCUCGUCAAGGAAGAGUUUGUUCACUUUAUGCAUCCAGAGUCAUCUCCAGAGAUGGCCGAUAUUCACGUUCUGGAAACUAUCGAAGAUACUGAUAAUGACAAGGAUGGCUUUAUCAGCAAGAAGGAAUUUUUGGGAGAUUUCCAGGAUCCUAAUGACGAGGAAGCAGAGGAACCUGAAUGGGUGAAGGAAGAAACCCAACGGUUCAAUGAGGAAUAUGACAAAAAUCAUGAUGGCAAACUUGAUAAAGAAGAGGUGAGGCAAUGGAUUCUUCCUGAGACGGAUCACAUGAUGGCACUGGAGGAGGCAAAGCAUCUGAUUCAAAGUGCUGAUGAAAACAAGGAUGGAAAACUUAGUGAAGAGGAAAUUGCACAACACCAUGAAGUUUUUGUUGGCAGCGAGGCCACAGACUAUGGUCGUGCCCUACCAAAACAUGAAGAACUUUAAUUGUUCUGGUUCAGUCUUGGUACUAGAUUAAAUCUUUAAGCAUUUUUGUCAAAAUUGGCUUUAUAAUUAACAGUUGAGUCUUAAUGAAGAAGCCCUUUAUACAAAGACAUGUUAGAAAAUGUAUUAGUUCAAAUAACAUUUCUACUUUGCUUGAACCUGUCAUUAGUUUUCAAUCAUCGUGUUUACGGUACAUUGCUACACGGCAGGAUUUUGCAGAUGUUCGUUCGUUUUGCUUUUUAUCCAUUAUUUAUUCCUUUUGGUUGUAGUUGUGUAGAAGACUUGUAUUUUCAUUCAGCAGUUUUUACUCUUUGUGUGAAACAAUUAACUGCAUUUGACAAUUUCUAAUUUGUUACAAUAUGUUUUCAAAACAUGAAACGAGAAUCUUAUUUUGGCAAAAGUGAUUUCAUAACUAUAAUAUUACAGAGGAGAUGAUCAUUAAAAACACUUUUCAAAGA